GGAAGGCUGUCUGGGAUCUCUCCCCUUUUCCACUUGGACCGUCUCACUUAUCCGCACCUCACAGACUGGAUUCCUUCACGCGCUGCUGAGUCAGAGGUCAGAUGAAGACCCGCGGCUUCGUGGUGGCGGCUGCUCUGCUGGCAGUCGCGUUCACCUCCUGCCAGGCCCAGGACCCAGUUGACCCACCUUCAGAUUUGAGAUUUAAGAUUUUAAAUGAACACUCAGUGCAAAUGAUAUGGACGCGGCCCAACUCUAGGAUAGAGGGCUACAGAAUACGAGUGACCUCUGACACAGAGGAACCAACUAAAGAUUUUACGCUGCCUGCUUCCGCCACUAAGACGUCCAUCUCAGAGCUGAGCCCAGAUGUGGAUUAUGUGGUGACGAUAUCCACGUAUGCUGGAGCUGAGGAGAGUCUCCCUGUCUCAGGCCAGAUCACACUCCAGUCUGAUGGAAUCGGUGGAGGACCGUCCAGAAAACCAAAGCCUACAGAUUCAGUCAAAUGUUCUGUCAGCACCAUUGGUGAUGUGGUGUUUCUGGUGGACGGCUCGUGGAGCGUGGGGAGAAACAACUUCAAACACAUCCGCAGCUUCAUCUCCGCCAUGGCGGGCGCCUUCCAGAUUGGCGAGGACAAGACCCGGGUAGGUGUGGUCCAGUACAGCACCGACACCAGGACCGAAUUCAACCUGAACCAGCACCUGACGCGGGGGGAGGUUCUUAGGGCCAUCAGCAGUCUGCCCUACAAAGGAGGCAACACCAAGACAGGUGACGCUCUGGACUACCUUAUGAAGAACACUUUCACAGAGGCUGCAGGUUCCAGAUACGCCUUUCCCAAAGUAGUCAUGCUCAUCACAGACAGCAAGUCUGAAGACUCUGUACAGAGUUAUGCCAACAAACUCAAGAAUAUGGGGGUGGAGAUCUUCGUCUUGGGGAUCAAAGAAGCAGACAAAGAGGAGAUGAAGCAAAUGGCCUCCACCCCUUACAGAGAUCAUGUCUAUAAUGUCGCUGACUUUGACGAGAUCAAGAACGUUCAGAAGGAGCUCAUUACCGCCGUGUGUGCAGGCAUUGAUGAUCAGCUCACCACACUCAUCAGUGGAGAAGAAGUUGUUGAGCCCGCUACCAACCUCAGAAUCGACGAAAUGUCCUCAAAGACCAUGCAUGUCAAGUGGGAUGCCUCCAUUGGGGACAUUUCAGGAUACAAGCUGAAGAUGGUGCCUAUGAUGACUGGCAGCAAACACCAGGAGUUGUAUGUGGGCCCUACUCAGUCCUCGGUGAUUGUCAGAGACCUGACACCUGAUACAGUGUACCAGAUCAGACUGUUUGCCCUCAAGGGCCUUACACCCAGUGAGCCAGUCGAAGUCAUGCAGAAGACUGAGCCAGUCAAAGUAUCCUUGGAAUGUUCUCUGGGUGUGGACGUGCAAGCCGAUGUCGUUCUCUUGGUUGAUGGUUCAUACAGUAUUGGCCUGGCCAACUUUGCCAAAGUAAGGGCAUUCCUGGAGGUGCUGGUGAACACAUUUGACAUUGGUCCAAACAAAGUUCAGAUCAGCUUAGUCCAAUACAGCAGAGAAACUCACACUGAGUUUUACCUGAACACCCACCAUGACCUGGAUGCUGUGGUCAAAGCUGUCAGAACAUUCCCUUACCGAGGAGGCUCCACUAAUACAGGCAAGGCCAUGACCUAUGUGAGGGAGAAGAUUUUCCUGCCAACCAGAGGUGCUCGCACCAAUGUUCCUCGUGUCACCAUUCUUAUCACCGAUGGAAAGUCCUCUGAUGCCUUCAAGGACCCAGCCGACAAGCUGAGGAACGCUGACGUGGAGAUCUUCGCUGUAGGAGUGAAGGAUGCUGUCCGAUCUGAGCUGGAGAACAUCGCCAACACACCUGUGGAGACUCACGUUUAUACUGUUGAGGACUUUGAUGCCUUCCAGAGGAUAUCCACAGAGCUCACACAGUCCAUCUGCCUGCGGAUCGAGCAGGAACUCCGAAAUAUCAACAAGAGACGAUUGCUGCCUCCUAAGUCCCUGACCUUCUCUGAGGUGGGCUCCAGGAGCCUCAGGGUGUCGUGGGAAAUAGACGCCACCAACGUUGAGUCCUAUUUGGUCCAGUUCCGUCCAGCUGAGGAAACUGAUGGACACUCUGUGGCCAUGUCUGUACCUGGGGACACCCUGACCACCAUCCUUCCAUACCUCACCCCACUCACCCGCUAUGAAGUCAGCGUGUUCGCCCAGUAUGAAAAAGGAGAGAGCUUUCCUCUUACCGACUAUGAGACCACGUUAGAAGAAAAAGGCCCAGUGCGCAACCUGAGGGUAUCUGAAGAAACAACAGACAGCUUCCGGGUGUCAUGGCAGCCUGCUGCAGGAAAUGUGCUUCGGUACCGAGUGUCUCAUGUACCAGUCAGGGGCGACGGGCCCAUGAUGGAGACCACCACACCUGGCACUGAGACAUCCAUCGUGCUCCAGGAGCUUCAGUCCCAAACCACUUACCGUGUGACGGUGGCCCCUGAGUAUCAGUCUGGCCCCGGAGAAGACAUGAUGACCGAUGGCACCACCAAAGAAGCCCGGGGGUCUCCCCGUGACCUGCGGGUCUCUGACGAGACUAUCUCCUCCAUGAAGCUGUCCUGGGAGCCAGCUCCAGGCCGUGUGCUGCAGUACCGCGUGGCAUACCGCCCCACUGCAGGCGGUGACAGGAAGGAAGUGGCGGUGAAGGGCGAGAACACCGCCAUUCUCCUGAAGAACCUGCAGCCCGGGACGGAGUACGACCUCUCUGUCCGAGCACGCUACGCCUCUGGUAUGGGAGACGCCCUGGACGGACGAGGGACCACUCUGGAAGAGCUGGGCUCUCCAAAAGACCUGGUCACCAGCGACGUGACUGACACCAGCUUUGCGGCAUCCUGGACGGCGGCUCCUGGGAAGGUCAAACGGUACCAAAUCCGCUGGAAGUCUCUGUUCUCUGAGGAGACCGGAGAGAAGACGGUCUCUGGAGAUGUGACCAGAACCGUGCUGGAGGGUCUAACCCCAGAGACGCUGUAUGAGGUAGCUGUGGUUGCUACCUACGGUCACGGAGAUGGUGAUCCACUCUUGGGACAAGAGACCACUGAUGUGUCUGCCGAGGGUAAGAAGCUGAGCGUUUCGGACGAGACGGAGCGAACCAUGAAGGUCACCUGGACGCCGGCACCAGGCAAGGUGGUCAACUACCGGCUGAAGUACAUCCCCGCGGCGGGAGGGAAGGAGGUGGUCCUGAAGGUCCCAGGCCCAGUUACCUCCACGCUGAUGAAGCGCCUGACACCCCUGACCACCUACAAAAUCACCGUCCACCCCAUCUACAAGCGCGGGGAAGGAAAAGCAAGGCAAGGAGUGGGAACGACACUUUCACCCUUUAAGGCUCCCAGGAACCUGCAGACCUCAGAGCCCAGCAAAACCAGCUUCAGAGUCUCCUGGGAUCCAGCCCCGGGAGAUGUUAAGGGCUACAAGGUGACUUUCCAUCCCAGUGAGGAUGAUGUGGACCUGGGGAUGCUGGUGGUUGGCCCCUAUGAUAGCACCGUGGUUCUGGAGGAGCUCAGGGCAGGAACGAGGUAUUCUGUGGCGGUGUUUGGAAUGUUUGACGGAGGGGAGAGUCUUCCCCUGGCUGGAGAAGAGAAGACAACUCUCUCUGAUGCUCCUGGUGUCCCUUUUCUUGGGCUCUCGGGUGCCCAGUGUAAGACCUCUGCCAAGGCUGACAUCAUUCUCCUUGUGGAUGGAUCGUGGAGCAUCGGCCGUCUCAACUUCAAAACUAUCCGGGCCUUCAUCGCUCGCAUGCUCAGCGUCUUUGACAUCAGCCCGGAUAGAGUCCAGAUUGGCCUGGCUCAGUACAGUGGAGACCCCAAGACGGAGUGGCACCUGAACACCCAUCAGACCAAAGAGUCUCUCCUGGAAGCUGUCGCCAACCUGCCUUACAAAGGAGGAAAUACCAUGACGGGAAUGGCUCUGAACUACAUUCUUGAGAACAACUUCAAAGAGAAUGUGGGAAUGCGGGCGGAUUCCCGCAAAAUCGGCGUCCUCAUUACUGACGGAAAGUCCCAGGAUGAGAUUGUUUUUAACUCCCAGAAACUGAGAGACCAGGGCAUUGAGCUCUAUGCCAUCGGUGUGAAGAAUGCCGAUGAGAAUGAGCUCAAGUCCAUCGCAACGGACCCCGAUGAAAUCCACAUGUACAACGUCAAUGACUUCACCUUCCUCAUGGACAUUGUCGAUGGCCUCUCGGAAAACCUCUGCAACAGCGUCAAGGGCCCAGUUGAGAGUGCGGAUCCGCCGACCAACCUGGUGACCUCCGAGCUGACCCACCACUCGUUCCGUGCCACCUGGACAGCGCCUGACGGUCCAGCAGAGAAAUACCGGGUGGUGUACAUGACUGUGGCCGGAGGAGCACCUCAGGAGAUGAUAGUUGAUGGGACUGUGACCUCAGUGGUGCUGGACAACCUGACUCCUCUGACUGAGUACGCCAUUAAUGUUUUCACCAUUGUCGGGGAGGAGACCAGCGACCCGCUGAAGGGAACUGAAACAACCUUGCCUCUGCCCACAGCAAAGAACAUGAAUGUGUUCGAUGAGACCUUGUCCACCAUGAAGGUGAGGUGGGAGAAGGCUGAGGGGGCGACAGGCUACAUCCUGCGCUACAAAGCUAUCAAUGACACAGCGGCCUCUGUGGAGCAAGAGAUGCAAGUGGGUGCAGAUAUGGAUAAUGUCCAGCUGGUGAAGCUGAUUCCCAACACGGCGUAUGCCUUAAGCCUGGUUGCCAUCCAUGACGAAGCGCCCAGUGAACCAUUGGAAGGGAUCGGAGUCACCUUGCCCAUGCCACCAGCUGGUGCCCUCACAAUCACCGACGUUACCCACAGCACCAUGAAGCUGAACUGGGAGGCAGCCCCUGGCAAUGUCCUCAAGUACAUUGUCACCUACAAACCAGAGGAAGGAGAACCGAAAGAGAUCGAAGUCAGUGGUGACGUCACCACCCUGCCCCUGUCCAGCCUCACGUCCCAGACAGAGUACGAUGUGGCCGUCAAAGCAAUCUAUCCUGAGGGACCAGGAUCACCAAUGCUUGGAACUGCCAUCACAGAUGUUGUUCCUGCCCCAAAGAACCUGCAGUUGUCUGACGUGACCCAGACCUCAUUCCGAGCCAGCUGGGAGCACAGUGCCCCGGAUGUGGCCCUCUACCGCAUUGGCUGGUCCAAGAAAGGAGAUAAUAAUUUUCAAUAUUCCAUUCUGAACAGCGAUGAAACCACCCACCUCCUGAAGGGCCUGGACCCCGACACGCCAUACGACGUCACUGUCACAGCCAUUUAUCCGGACGAGUCGGAGAGCGAGGACCUGAUGGGAACUGAGCGCACAUUACCCAUCGGACCUCCUCAGAACCUGAUGGUGUUCAACGCCACCACUACCACGCUGACCGUCAAGUGGGACCACGCCCCUGGCCCUGUCCAGAACUACAAGAUCAACUUCCAGCCGACAGAGGGAGGCAAGGCUCUCUCAACACAGGUUGGAGCAAAGAAGAACAGCGUUGUCCUUCAGAAGCUGAAUCCUGAGACUGCUUACUCUGUUACUGUGGCAGCAGUUUAUCCCAGCGGUGAAACCAGAGACAUCUCUGGACAAGGGACAACCAAGCCUCUGGGUGGAGUGGGGACCCUGCAGGUGCUGAAUCCCACCAUGACCACACUCAACGUGCGCUGGGAGCCUGCCGAUGGGAAAGUCACUGGUUACAAAGUGGUAUAUGUGCCUGCCGCCGGAGGAGCUGAGAGCGUGGAACAAGUGUCUGGGACCACUACCAAUACUAUGCUGAAAGGCCUGCAGCCGGAUACACUCUACACCGUCUCGUUAGUACCAGUCUAUGCUGAGGGAGACGGCAAGCCGACGUCUGAGAACGGAAAGACAAAGCCUUUGGGUGGAGUGAGGAAACUGCAGGUGCUGAAUCCCACCAUGACCACACUCAAUGUGCGCUGGGAGCCCGCCGAGGGGAAAGUGACGGGGUACAAAGUGCUAUAUGUGCCUGCCGCCGGAGGAGCUGAGAGUAAGGAGCAAGUGUCUGGGACCACCACCAAUACUAUGCUGAAAGGCCUCCAGCCGGAUACACUCUACACUGUCUCAUUGGUACCAGUCUAUGCUGAGGGAGACGGCAAGACGAUGUCUGAGAACGGAAAGACAAAGCCUCUGGGUAGAGUGAAGAACCUGCAGGUGCUGAAUCCUACCAUGACCACACUCAACGUGCGCUGGGAGCCCGCUGAGGGGAAAGUGACAGGGUACAAAGUGGUAUAUGUGCCUGCCGACGGAGGAGCUGAGGGCAUGGAACAAGUGUCUGGGACCGCUACCAAUACUCAACUGAGAGGCCUCCAGCCAGAUACAAUCUACACUGUCUCGUUGGUACCAAUCUAUGCUGAGGGAGACGGCAAGACAAUGUCUGAUAAUGGAAAGACAAGGCCGUUGGGAGGGGUGAAGAAUCUGAGAGUGACUGACCCCACCAUGACCUCUCUGAAGGUGAACUGGGACCCGGCUGACGGAGCUGUUCGUCUGUACAAGGUCUUCUUCGUGCCCGUCGCCGGUGGCUUAGAGGAGAUGGAACAAGUUCCUGCAGAUACCACCUCCAUUGUUCUGAGGAACUUGCAGCCUGACACACCGUACACUGUUUCUGUGCUACCUGUGUAUCCUGUCAGGGAGGGCAAACGACAAUCGGAGAACGGGGUCACAUUGCCUUUGGGUGGUGUAAGCAGCUUGCAGGUGAAGAACCCAACCAUCACAACUCUGACAGUCACCUGGGACCCGGCCGAUGGUAACGUGCAGGGCUACAAAGUCAUUUACAUCCCCACCAACGGAGGACUGGAGAUUGUGGAGCAAGUGUCAGAGAGCACAACUAAAACCGUCCUGGAGAAGCUUCUACCAGAUACACUCUACACCGUCACUGUAGUUCCUGUGUAUGCUGAGGGAGAUGGACCAAGCCUGUCCGACAAGGGAAAGACCAAGCCUCUGGGCUUCGCAAGGAACCUGCAAGUUAUCGAUCCGACCACCAGGACCCUCAACGUGCGCUGGGACCCGGCAGAGGGAAAUGUGCGCGAGUACAUUGUGAUCUGGACGCCAGCUGAAGGAGGUGACCAGGAUGUGGACCAGGUCCCAGGGUCAACCACCUUCAUCGUUCUUAAGAACCUGGAACCCAACACCGAGUACACUGUCACUGUGGUGCCCGUCUACCAUGAGAUGGAGGGAAAGUCCAUGUCCAAGAAUGGAAAGACAAAUCCUUUGGGUGAAGUUAAGAACUUGCAGGUUGUUGAUCCAACCAUCACCACUCUGACGGUGCGCUGGGAGCCGGCGGUGGGAAACGUUCACGAAUACAAGGUCUUCUACACUGCUGUGCCCGGGGGAGAGGAGAUGAUGGACCAGGUGUCAGGGGGAGCCACCACCACCGUGCUGAGGAACCUGAAUGCGAAUACUGUUUAUAAUGUGUCUGUAGUUCCCGUGUACCCAAAUGAGGAGGGCGUUCCCCAGUCUGAGAAUGGAAAGACAAAGCCCCUGGGUGAGGUGAGGAACCUCCAGGUGACCGACCCGACUGUGAACUCCCUGAGGGUGCGCUGGGAGCCAGCUGAUGGUGAUGUCAGGCAGUACAACGUCCUCUAUGUCCCCGUCACUGGAGGAACCGAGAGCACGACUCAGGUGUCUGGUGUAUCGACUACCACGGUUCUGAGAGGCCUUCAGCCUGACACAGAGUACAAGGUGUCACUGGUGCCUGUGUAUGUGGAUGUGGAGGGAAAACGCAUGUCCGAAAAUGGAAAGACGAAGGCCCUCGGUGGAGUGAAAAACCUCCAGGUCACUGACCCAACAACCAGCUCCCUGAAGGUGCGCUGGGAUCCUGCGGAGGGCAAUGUACGCCAGUACCGCCUCUUCUAUGUCCCUGCCUCAGGUGGAGCUGAGGACAUGGAGCAGGUGUCCGGCGGGACCACCAGUACUAUUCUGAGGAACCUGCUGUCUGACACGCCCUACACGGUGACGGUGGUCCCACUCUACCCUGAGGGGGAGGGUCUGCGCCAGUCCGAUAACGGAAAAACACUCCCGCGGACCCCACCCAAGAACAUCCAGGUGUACAACCCUACCACCAACAGCCUCAAUGUGCGCUGGGAGCUGGCUACAGGCCAGGUGCAGCAGUAUCGGGUGGCGUACUCCCCACUGACUGGAGUGAAGCCGUCCGAGUCGGUCUUGGUGCCGGGAAGCAUCAACAACGCGUUCCUGGACAACCUGGUCCCAGACACGCCUUACUCCAUCAGUGUCAUCGCUCUUUAUGCGGAUGGCGAGGGACCAGGAGUGGAUGGCAAUGGCAAAACAUUACCUCGUGUCGGCCCCAGGAACAUGCGUGUGUUUGAUGCCACCACCAGCACAUUGACCAUCGGCUGGGAUCAUGCAGAGGGCCCUGUAAUGCAGUACAAGAUUGGUUACGCUCCCAUGUCUGGAGACCCCAUCACUGAGUUUACUAUUGUUCCUGGCAACAGAAACAACGCCAUGCUGCUCAACCUGCUCCCAGAUACCCCAUACAACAUCACCGUGGAGGCCAUUUAUGCAGAGGGGCCAGGGAGCGCCCUAGAUGGAAAUGGCCGCACAGUGGGCCUGCUGGGCCCCAGGAACCUGCGUGUCUCAGAUGAGUGGUACACUCGCUUCCGUGUGGCCUGGGACCCCGUGUCAGCUCCAGUUCUUGGAUACAAACUGGUCUACUCGCCUGAGGGCAAGAAUGAGAAUUUGGAUGUGUUUGUGGGUGAUGUGACCUCUUACACUCUGCAAAACCUCCUCCCUGGCACCCCGUAUGAUGUCAAGGUGUUUGCCCAAUACACCAGCGGCAUGAGUGAACCCCUUGUUGGCCAGGGAACAACACUCUACCUGAAUGUGACCAACAUCGAGACAUACAACGUGGGCCAUGACAAGUUCUGCAUCAAAUGGACACCUCACCGAGCAGCAACCUCCUACCGCAUUAAGCUCAACCCAGUAGACCCCUCCAGUAAAGGACAGCAGGAGAUCACCAUCACAGCAGCACAGCCACAGUACUGCUUCGAUGGUCUAUCUCCUGAUGCACUCUACACUGCCGAGGUGUUUGUCCAGACGCCCAACCUGGAAGGCCCAGGAGUCAGCACGAAGGAGAAAACCUUGAUGAAGCCCACUCCUGUCCCAACACUCCCACCAACCCCGCCCCCUCCUCCCACGAUACCCCCAGCAUGGGAAGUGUGUAAAGGUGCCAAGGCAGAUGUGUUGUUCCUCAUCGAUGGCUCUUGGAGUAUCGGCGAGGAGAGUUUUAACAAAGUAGUGCAAUUUGUCUCUCGCAUGAUUGGCGCCUUCGACAUCAUUGGACCCUCAGGAAUGCAGGUGUCAUUCGUGCAGUACAGUGAUGAUGCAAAGACAGAGUUCAGCCUGAACGCCUACCAAGAGAAGGGCACAGUCCUCUCUGUCCUUAAUCUGAUUCGCUACCGAGGGGGAAACACCAAAACAGGGGUGGCGCUGAAGCAUACGUACGAGAAAGCCUUUUCUAUUGAGAAUGGAAUGAGGAGGAACGUCCCGAAGGUUGUGGUGGCGAUCACAGAUGGUCGUUCUCAGGAUGAGGUGAAAAAGAAUGCCGCCAAACUGCAACAUGCUGGCUACAGCGUGUUUGCAGUUGGUGUUGCCGACGUGGAUUUCGUUGAGUUACAGCAGACUGCCAGCAAGCCCAGCGAGAGACAUGUCUUUGUCGUGGAUGACUUUGACGCUUUCGACACGAUCAAAGAAAAGUUGAUCAACUUCAUUUGUGAAACAGCAACAUCUACAUGUCCGCUGAUUUUUGUGAAUGGAUUCACUUCACCUGGCUUCAGGAUGCUCGAGUCCUUCAACCUGACAGAGAAAACCUAUGGUUCCAUCAAAGGUGUCUCCAUGGAGCCUGGCUCUUUCAACAGCUACAUAGCAUACAGGCUCCACAAAAACGCCUACUUGGCACAACCCACAACAGAGAUCCACCCGAAUGGCCUCCCCCAUGCCUACACCAUCAUCCUGAUGUUCCGUCUCCUGCCAGACACUCCGAAGGAGGCCUUCGACAUCUGGCAGGUGUCAAGCAAGGACCACAAGCCAGAGACUGGCGUCACCAUCAACCCCUCCAGCCAAACGGUAUCGUUUUAUAACAAGGAUGAGCGUGGAGAGAUCCAGAGAGUCACAUUCGACAAUGAUCAUGUGAAGAGAAUCUUUCAUGGAAGCUUCCAUAAGCUCCACAUCCUGGUGUCCUCCACUGGUGUCAAACUAAACAUCGACUGCCAGGAGGUGGCUGAAAAGGAAAUCAAGGCCGCCGGAAACACCUCGACAGACGGCUACCAGGUCCUGGGAAAGAUGUCCAAGUCCAUUGGGUCCCAAGGAGAAUCCGCAACUUUCCAGCUCCAGAUGUUUGAUAUUGUCUGCAGCUUGGCUUGGACCAGCAGGGACAGAUGUUGCGACCUUCCUUCUAAGAGAGAUGAGUCCAAGUGUCCUGCUCUCCCCAACGCCUGUACCUGCACCACAGAAAGUAGUGGACCCCAAGGGCCUCUGGGACCAGUUGGUGCACCUGGCAGCAAAGGUCCCCGGGGUGAAAGAGGAGAAGCAGGGCCUGCUGGACCUAUUGGCCCACGUGGAGAUGUUGGAUUGCCAGGCCCCAUGGGUCUGCCUGGCCCUCAAGGACCCAGUGGAUUGUCUAUCCCAGGAGAAGCUGGUCGUCCUGGACCAAAGGGAGAGCCUGGCGACUCAGGCCUACCUGGGCAGAAAGGUCCACCUGGGCCUCCCGGUGCCAUCGGUCCAAUCGGACCAGCUGGAAUCAGAGGACCCCCAGGAAAGGAUGGACUGGUAGGACCCAGAGGCCUGGCAGGUCCCAUGGGGCCUCCUGGAUCUCCUGGAGUACCUGGGCCAGCAGGAAAACCUGGAAAGUCUGGUGAUGCCGGUACUCCUGGAGCUGCCGGACCAAAGGGUGACAAGGGGGAGAGAGGUGACUUUGCUCCUCAGAACAUGAUGCGUUCUAUAGCCAGACAAGUCUGCGAGCAGCUAGUAAAUGCACAAAUGAGUCGUGUCAACACAAUACUCAACCAGAUCCCCAACAGUGGUUACCGUAGCAACAGCCCAGGUCCACCAGGACCACCCGGAUCUCCUGGUAGUCAGGGUCCCCGUGGAGAGCCUGGACAAGCAGGAAGAAAUGGUUUCCCAGGAAGUUCCGGAUUACCCGGGCAACAGGGAGAGAGAGGCCCUGCAGGUGAGAAGGGUGACCGAGGACCCGCAGGAGUUGGACAGCGAGGACAAAGGGGACCACCUGGCCCUCAAGGUGAAAGCAGGACGGGCCCACCAGGUCCUUCAGGCUCCUCUGGGGCACGUGGCCCUCCUGGGCGCCAGGGCUUUGCUGGAAUCAGGGGACCACCCGGACCUCCUGGUUAUUGUGACUCCUCCCAGUGUGUUGGUAUUCCUUACAAUGGACAAGGAUACAGAGGUUCGCCGUAGUAGACUUUCUGUCGCCUGUGCUGCUUUCACUUUGACUUCCCCCAAAUCCAAAACCCCAAAUCCUGUUUCUGACACACUCGCUCACGCGCACUAGAGCUGUAUAAGGAUAACCCACCAAAGGAAAACCAUUAACAAACUAUCUCGAAAACAACAACACAACAAAGAGGGACCGCUACUAACAACAACAACUUAGAGCCAAACACCAGCAGUGAUGGCAACCAACCUAGUGGCCUGUUUGCAUCUUGAAGCCAAAGAACGAACAUAAAGACUUUUCUGUCCGAUGGAGGAGCAUGUACAAAAACAAAUACUAACAAAGGCGGACAUGUAAGAGAGAAACGACAGGUCCAACUGCCACAGCAACAACAUCGAGUCCAACUCCAACAACAGCGGCACUGUUAACACUAUUACUCCAGGUGACAUCUGUAUAUAAACUAAUUUGUGCCUUGUAAAUGACGUUUGAAUCAUGUCCACUAAAUUCAGCUUAACACCUUUAGUAUUAAGCUUGUGCCCUGUAACACCGUCUCUGCUUUGCUGAAUUAACGCAUCCUUUUCUCCUCUUGCUCCUCACCAGGGAAUUGUAGUUUCAGAUCUGAGAUCUUGCUCAGGGCCACAUCAGACCACUUUUGCUUCACAGUGACCCCUGAGUUUUAGAUUUCCACUUGUUUCCCGUUUCAUUCACACAGCUUUUUCCACAAAGUACCUUUUCUUCUGCUGGCUUAUUCUGCCAGUAAGAAGAAAACUUUCAGAAGGGUGUGUGUGUGUGUAUAUAUACAUAUACACACACAUAUAUAUAUACUGUAUCUGUUAGUGAAAACUUCACAAUGCAGUAACAUCUGGGAUCUCUGUGCUGGUGGUAGGACAAGUUGUACUUGAUUGUUAUAUGGAGAGUUUCUUAACAUCUGAGUGUUAACAAAAAACAAAUUGCACUGAACUUUGUACAAGCCAUCUUGUGUUAUGUAGAUUAGAUCAGCUCAGCCCAUUUUGUGUUACGUAGUGUAGAUCAGCUCAGCCCAUCUUGUGUUAUGUAGUGUAGAUCAGCUCAGCCCAUCUUGUGUUACGUAGUGUAGAUCAGCUCAGCCCAUCUUGUGUUGUGUAGUGUAGAUCAGCUCAGUCCAUCUUGUGUUAUGUAGUGUAGAUCAGCUCAGUCCAUCUUGUGUUAUGUAGUGUAGAUCAGCUCAGUCCAUCUUGUGUUAUGUAGUGUAGAUCAGCUCAGAGCCUGAACACAGUCCUUAACCCGUUCUUCUUGUGCAUGCUGAGACAAACUUUGCAAAUUUGCCACUUAUUGUCCAAAUUGGCCCAAACCGCUAUCUCCAAGCAGAGCCAUACGCACCUGAGCCUGACACCUACAUAGUCCCGAUCCCAGAGGAGGACGAGGUCUCACAGUAUCGACGUCGAAAGAGAUCGCUAUCAAGAAAGGCACCCAACAGGCUAGCAUCAUAAGACGGUCUUCUAUCUUUGCUUUGUUCACAUAUGUCAUCGUGGAGAAAUAUGCACAUGUCAAACAAACAAAAAGGGGUCUGACACCUCUCCUUUAUUUGGAAAAUACCUUUACAUGCAUUAAACCGUAUGAAAAUGUUCAUCUUGUGACGGAGGUUGGGGGGGUCUUUGCACAAAAGACGACCCGAAAAGAAUCCAUGGAAACUUGUGAGCUGUCUGUUUUUCCCUCUCGAGUCUUCUGCUUGUAAAAUAUUUGCAUUCAUUUUUCUUGUUGUGGAGCGGUGUUGAAAAGUGCACUGCUUAAGAAAGCUGGCGGCGGCAUUGGGAGGCGAGACGUCGUCGUCGUCGUCGUGUUGGGACGUCGGACCAGAAAGUUCCUCCAUUACCGUCCCAGUAUACAGCCAUGUUUCUCUCUGCAUACGGUUCAGCUCUCCCUGACUUGUAUAGCCUUGUUGGUUUUUUGUGUUCAGUUUGUCUCCCACGGAAUUUCAGUUUCAGUAACGCAGUUAAACACAGCUUUCAUUUUGUAUCUCUAGAUUUAAUAUUUAUCAGUUUACUUUUAUGCAGUCACAGCUGAUUUUACCAAGGGUGGAAUUGCAUGUCUGUGGUGUAUAUUUAGUACUUGUUUUAUGUUGUUUUAACCAGAAUAUAGUUGUUGUCAUUGUUGUUAUCAAUAUCGAAUGCAGUUGGAAGCUGCGUGCAAGACUAUGGAUUUGGUACUGCUGCUUCACGGUUCAACUGCAGAUUGUGAAUUCCACAGCCUUAUUUUCUUAUUUAUUUCUGAAACAGAAGAGGCAUUUUUCAAUAAAACUACUGAAAAUUUG